AUGAUCCUUAUUAUUUUUCUCUCAACUCUACUAAUCCCACCACUCUUAUUAUACGUUCUCCACGCAAGCAGGAGGCCGACAAAGAGCCUCGACCCGCCAGGCCCGCCGGGCCUCCCUCUAAUCGGCAACAUGCACCAACUAGCCGCCGCGAAAACCCCGCACGUCUAUCUAUGGCGCCUCUCCAAGAAAUACGGGCCGAUCGUGCGCAUGAAUCUCGGCCCGAAACCCCUGAUCGUAGUUUCCUCCGCGAAGCUCGCGGAGAAAGUCAUGAAGACCCAAGACCUGGCCUUCUGCAGCCGGCCCGAGUCCCUCGGCCGGCAGAGGCUCUCGUACAACUGCUCGGACAUCGCCUUUUCCCCGUACAACGACUACUGGCGUGAGGUCCGGAAAAUCACGACCGUCCAUCUGUUUAACAUCAACAAGGCUCUCUCUUUCCGGCCCGUAAGGGAAGACGAGAUCUCGCGCGCGGUUUGUGAGAUAUCGGGCUUUGCGGCCCGUAAUCAGGUUCUCAACAUGAGCGAGACUGUCAUGGCGCUCGGUGCAACCUUGACGUGUAGGAUUGCUUUCGGAAAACGGUACAGCGGAGAUGGGAACGAUAUGAGGAGGUUCGAUGAACUUAUGAAACGGAUCCAGGGCUUGUUGGCCGGUUUCUUCGUGUCGGAUUAUUUUCUGAGACUCGGGUGGGUGGACAGGUUGUGUGGGUCGAUCGGGCGGCUCGAAAGGACGUUUGAGGACUUGGAUUCGUUCUACCAAGAGCUUAUCGACGAGCAUCUGGACCCGAACAAGCCCGAAACCAUGGCGGGUGAUAUUCUUGAUACAUUGAUCCAGCUUAAGCAAAACAGGUCAACUUCUGUUGAUCUCAGCUGGGAUAACAUCAAGGCGCUGUUAUUGCUAAACCAUUGCAGUCUAUUGGAGGCUUUGUUGACAGCUCAUGCAUCGUGCCAAAAUGCUUGCAGCAUGCAGAACUCGUGGGACCAGCAGGUAAGGUGCACUGCACCCCACGACUCCGACGAGCUUCUGACAGGUCUAUUUCCCUUCUUCGGCGGGUCGCGUCGCUUUUCUCGGUUGGCCAUGGAGGGUUGUAGGAGGGUUCCGGAUCGACAGCGAGUUUCAUCUUGGUGGGCUCCGGUUCUUUCUUGCAGUGUCCAGGUUGUGGUCGGCUCCAUGCGACUCCUCUGUCCCAAUACUCUUCCUAGUGUUGGGACAAGGGAUCCUUCCACGGGCAACUUCCUUCUCUAG